AUUUUUCUUAGCUGAGCAUGUGUUAUACUUCUCGAUGUUUCAGCCCAAUUUUAGAACUUACUGGGUUUGCUUCGAUUUGACAAAUUUUGAUAUGAACUUACCAAACUGACCGCUAUUUCUUGGUUCUUUUGAGACCCACUCUUCAUUUCUUUCUAACUUGCCUUCUACCUUUUCCUCAGUGUAUUUUUUUUCUACAAUUUUAAUUUAUAUGCAAUUUUCUUGCAUUGAUCCCUUAUUCCACGUGUUUUCUUUUUCGUUCUCUUGGUUUGCUUCUUUCUUUUGGGUCAACAUAGCUUAUGUUUUUAACUUAAUGGUCCAAGUCCAAAGCGCAUAGAUGGAAUUGAGCAGAAGUGAACUAAUUUUGUUCGGCUUUGAAGCUACAUCGCCUUUGUUUGGUUUGGCAAAAUUUUGUCAGAACUAAUGAAACCGACCGUUUGCAUAAUGUUAGCAGUUGUAAUUUGCAUGCUGGAUUGGUGCCAGAAUUGGGUGCCAAAUAUUGACUUGUCGUGGAAUGAGAUUGGAAGAGUAUUGAAGGCAGGCAAAGAGAGUCUGAUAGCUCAGACUGAAAAGGACAUGUCCAAGGCCUUGGAGGAGAUGAAGUCAACAUUAACCGAUCAAGUUUUUAUGGAAUUUGAUAUACAUGAUGUCAUAAAAACCGUCGCUGAAGGUAUUGAAAAAAAUAAAAUUCCUCAUACUGAAGUAGUGCGCAUCCUAUGGGAUGCACUAAUGGAUACAAUUGUCUAUAGAGACGUCAGAGUGCGUCCGGAAUUACUUGAGUGUUAUGUAUCUACCAAGGUGUUUUUGCAGUCCGAACUUUUGCGUGCAUUUUGCAUAACUGAAGAGUGUGAACUUGAGCUGCUUAAGCAAGUCCAUAGACGAUCCAUCAAGGAGCAACGACUGCAUAACUGA